AUGGCGCAGCGCCUGCAGGUGCUGAUCAUGGCGGCGACGGCUGAGUCACCUGUGGCACUACUGGGGCGCAACGCAUCUAUGCUGCGACUGCUGGGGUUGUAUCAACAAAAAAGUGACGGCAGUAAAGUCAAAGCCGCUCUUCUCUCCGCUUUCUCUCUCAUCUUUCUCCUGUAUCACCCGGUCUUUGCUGCCUUGAAGCUCUACAUGGACCCUCCAGAAGACCUAGUGGAUUCUGCAUUGUGCUCAUUUGCUUUCAUUAUCAGCGAUGGUGUUUUUAUAAAGGUGUCGACGAUGGUGGCCUCCGUCGGCUGGCUGGCGGCCCCUCUCGUGUCCCGCGCGCUGCUCGCAGCCGCAGGCGAGUCUGCGGAAGUCCCGCGGAAGCUGCCGCUGCCGGUCUGGCUGCCCCUGGACGUGGAGGCGUCGCCCACUUACGAGAUGCUCUACAUCAUAGAGGGCUACUGCGUCAUUCUCAGCGGGCUCGUCACCCUCUGCACAGACGUCCUCUUCAUCAGGCUCAUGCUCAUGGUCACCGCCGAGCUUCACGUUCUGAACCACAAUGUUGCGACUAUGGCAAAGCGGCGUGAGGAAGUUUCAGAUGAACGACAUAAUUAUGGUCAUCAACAAAAUACUGAAGUCCAGGACUCCUACAUCGUAGGUAGAGCACUUCAAAUGGCAGAAUCAUUCUGUGAAGAUGGCUCUGACAACCAGUUGUACCAACAACUAGUGACCAACGUUCGCCAUCAUCUGAUCAUCCUCAGAACUGUGGACCUGCUGGAGGCAGCAAUGAGCAAAUCGAUUAUAAUUCUCCUCUUCGUUAACAUGGGCGCCUUAUGUUCUAAUCUCCUCGUUGUCGGUGUGCUGUUGCAGUCCGGUGGAGGAGUGACGCAACCACUGACUCUGACCGCCAUGAUACCCUUCCUGCUGUACCAGACUGGCAUGUUCUGCGUCUUCGGGCAGAUGGUAACCGACCAGAGCGAGGAACUGCUGAUCUCUGCAUUCAGAUGCGGAUGGAACGAGAGUGACGACCGCUUUAGACGGAGCCUGCUGAUCUUCAUGGCGAUGGUGAAUCGACCUCUGGAGAUCACUGUUGGGAAAACCUGCAAACUCUCCAGAGAGAUGUUCCUGCAGGUGCUGAACGGAUCGUACACAUUGUUCAACAUGUUUUAUCAAGUUCACAGUACUUCGUGAAAUAUUGGCUCUGGCUAUGUUUUAGAAGGAGUCAACUCUUCAGUUCAUAAUUCAGUAAACCACUGCAAUUCCACGUCAAACCACGACUAUGAAUUUGUUGUAGUUAGUAAUAGAUUUCAUGCUUCACUGGUAUAUGUACUUCACUCGAUGGAAUGAUGUUCAGACAAAUUUCUGAAAUUAAGUUUUGUAAUCAGUAGCAGGAAAUUAAAUACAUUUUGAAAAAGCUCAUUUAUGUUAAGUUCUUUGGGUCAUGAAAUAAGUUACCAAAACUUAAUUUUAAAUGUGUGUGGUUGCAGCACAUACAGUUUGUUAUUAUUAGUUGUCCAUAGUGAUGAAUUUGGCGCAGUUGUUCCUUCGUAGAUAAUAAAUUUACUUACAAGAUGUGGAACGAACAUAAAAAUCACAACUGAACGUUCAUUUAAGAGCAAAAGUAUCUUGUCCAGUAUGGUCCAGAAUUGACACAUUUUCCUCGGUAUUUGUGAGUUGCUUGACAAUGAAAGCUAUUAUUUUGUCGAAUAUAUAUUCAACACGGUAAAGAGUCUCCCGCUCUCUUUUUCUUACCGACACUGAUAUUAUCAGU